UAUAAAUGGAAAGAUAACUCGCAUUGAAUUGGUUUCCUAAACAAAGUUUCUUUCGUUCUACCGAUAAAUUAGGCAAAUAAUAAUUGUUUUCAUGGGUACAAGACUUUUUGAAGCAGCGAAACAUGCAGAAUUAUACGCUAGAUUUAGACCAAAAUAUGGCAAAUCAGUGUACGAUGCCAUCAUAGAUUUUUGUAAAUCAGGAAAAUGCGAUUUUGACUUGGCAGUUGAUGUAGGAUGUGGCUCGGGUCAAAGUACAACUCCACUGUGUUCAUCAUUUAAGCAUGUCAUUGGUUUAGACGUUAGUCCAAAACAAAUUGAAAAAGCUCCAAAGAGUGUAAAGAAUUUAACAUUUCGUGUCAGCCCAGCAGAAGAUUUAAGUUUCCUGUCAAAUAAUUCAACAGACUUAAUUACCAUUUCUCAAGCUAUACAUUGGGUCGAUACCAAUAAAUUUUAUAAAGAAGUAACAAGAGUUCUUAAACCAGGGGGUAGUUUGGUUGUAUAUGGUUAUGGUUUAAAUACUAUGGAUAAUGUAGAGGCGCAAGCUGAAUUGGACAAGUUUUAUAAUGGUACCCUUGGUAACUACUGGGAUGAAAAAAGAAAACACAUAGAAUGUCAUUAUAGAGACUAUAGUCUUCCCUUUGGAGGAUGGAUCAGAAAUGAUGAUUUGAAUAUAACUGUAGAAUGGGGUGUGGAUGAGUUUGUUGGUUAUUUAUCAACAUGGUCUGCUUGGCAUUCUUACCUUAAAGAAUAUCCUACAUCAAAUGAACUCCAGAAAUUAUCUGAUAGGUUUAAAGAUUUAUACACAGUAAAAGAUGAAUCCGGGGCUGAAGAAGAGAAAACUAUCCAGAUAGUAUGGCCAGUAUUUAUGUUAAUGGGACAUAAACCUGUAUCAUAGCAUAUCUGCUUUUGACAAAAUUAAUCAUCUAGAAACAUAAGUAUUCAAGCGUACCUUGAAUUCAGUAUUAAUAUAAAGCAAUUUUAAUCUUAGACAUAUGCUACUUCAGUCAACUUUUGAAGGUUAGCAGAAAAGUUCUAAGCCUAUCUGUGAAAGAUCUGUACAAAGUAGAUGGUUUCCACUUAUUUUGGUGUAGAUUGUCAGGAAUCUGACAUGUUUCUGAUCCGCAGUCAAAAGCUUUGUCACCAAUCUUACAGAAACGUUUGUCAUUCCCUUUGUCGUUCGUGAUAAUGUGCUCAACCUUCUCAAUGAGAGAUGCCCACAACACAUGCAUUAUCGAUCAGCCAUCACCAUUUAAUGUUUUCUUGAAUGGUUGCUGUUGAUGGUCUUCCAGGACGUGGGUCAAUGUCAAGGAUCUUUCUGCCAUGCUUAAAUUCUGCAGCCCACUUCUUUACUGUGGAAAAGGAAGGGGAAUCAUCCCCUAAAGUGGAGACCAUGUGAGUGUGUAUCUGUGUUAGGGUUAGUCCUUUCAGUUACAGGUACUUGAUGACUGCCCAAUAGCCAGUUUUGUCCAUUCCUGGUGAUAUCAACAAGAUGUUCUGGUAAGAAGACAAUAAUAACACAACAGUUACAGUUCUUCUAUCUCAUUCCAUGAUUUUACUUGUUGGUGAAAAAAGGUUGUUUCAACCCACUUGAUCUAUCCUUUUCAGGCUUAGAACUUUUCAGCCAACCCUUGUAUAUCAAUUCACAGUACGUUCUAUGGCUUAAAUGGUCUUGUUAAACUAUAACCAUGUAUGUUACAGCAUUGUUAUAAUUAUUUAUUUAUUUUUAUUAAAUAUGGUAUGGUAUAUAAUUAACUUAUUAAAGUCAGUAAAUAUA